UCUUUUUGAAUAAUGGAGAAUGCAUUGUGGUCAGAUUGUAUUCCAUCAGACAUACUCGGAUUAAUAUCAUCACGUCUUGUUGCCGCAGAAUAUUUUAUUUUUCGUGCCGUUUGUAAAAGAUGGCGUUACGCACCCGUGACCCCUCCACAUUGUCCUGCUCAGCCAGAAAAAUCGCCUUGUUUGAUCACAUUCCGUGGAGAUACCGGAAUUGUUGAAUUCUUUCAUCCCGUGUACAAUGUCAUGACGACUACGUCUAUCCCAAUCCCGAAAUUAAUGGAUUCCCGAAUUCGAAGUUCAAAAGGUAAUUGGUUACUCAUAAGUAAUGGCAGCCGCGGCAUGUUUUUUUUCAAUCCUAUUAGCAAUGACAUAAUUGAACUUCCUGAUCUACAAGAGUAUGAAAAUAUUUGCCCUUCUUGGACAUUUUCGUGUCCUCCAGACUCGUCGUCUGCUUGUUUUGUUGUUGGUUUUGAUUACCUUGGUAAUCCCCCAGAUGUAUACAUCAUCAAAGUUGGAGAGACUAAUUGGACGUAUCAUAACUUAAACGAUCCAGCAGAUAGAUAUAAAUGUAUAUCAGAUCACUUUCCAAUGCAACUCAAAUUGCAAACAAAUCAGCACUGUGUAGAGGUGAAAUUCAAGUUCUUCAAUGUGUGGACUGAACAUGAUUCUUUCAUGGGCUUAGUGGAGAGUAUAUGGAAGCAGGAUUAUGAAAAGGAUAACAUGAAGAAGGUCUUAUGGGGACCUCAGCAACUACACUACCAGCUAUAG